CUCGGCGAUGUGUUGCAUUCCAUCGUCGACUUGCAAGAAUCCAUAUUGCGAGAGCUUCGAGAGGAAAUUCUGGCACACGCAUCGUUGAUGCGCGAUAUCUCACGAUGCGUGAGCGAAAUCGACGUUCUACUAGCAUUCGCGGACAUUGCCGUCAAUUACAACAUGUGUCGGCCGACCCUGCGCGACGACGACGCGUUCGAAGUCGCCGGCGCGAGGCACCCACUCUACGAAUCCUUCAUCGAAGGGGAAUUCAUUGGCAACGACGUUCACAUGCCGACAGAUCGCGACCGCGUCAUCGUCCUUACCGGGCCUAAUGGCAGUGGUAAGACUGUGAUGAUGCAAACGAUUGGUCUUAUCACGUAUCUGGCGCACUGCGGAUCGUUCGUUCCAGCCACUCGCGCCGUCAUCGGCUUGACGGAUCGCAUAUAUACAGCGAUGACUGCGCUCCGCGAAGAUGCCGAGCGCAAGACAAGAGUCCCUGAGAGUGGUUUCACAUACGCGCUGCAUCAGGUGGCGCGCAUGAUUAACAACGCGACUAGACGUUCUUUAUGUCUGCUGGAUGAGUUCGGCAUCCAGACCCAAUCCACCGACGGCGCGGCGCUCUUAGCCGCCAUCGUCGAACAUUUC